ACCAAACAACUUCCAGCAAAUGAAGAUCCAUGUUUUGCUAAGAUGGGUUUCACUCACCCUUCCUAUUUUCAUCAUCCUCAUCAGCCAGAGCCAAUCCCAUUUAACACAAACGCAACCUAUUUUAGAUGAUCUCACGAUUGGCAGCUUCGUCAACAAAACUCUCCAAUGGAAAAGUCGCCUCAUAAAAUUCCAGGGAAACAAACUGAAACUGUCAGCCUCUACUGCGCUAGCAGGAGUGUUCUGCUUUAUAGCUGCCUCCAUAUCCAGUGCGGGAGGUAUUGGUGAGGGAGGGUUGUUUAUUCCCAUUCUGACAAUUGUGGCAGGUCUAGACCUCAAAACUGCUUCAAGUUUCUCAGCUUUUAUGGUCACGGGAGGAUCAAUUGCAAAUGUUAUGUACAACUUGCGUACCAAAAGUGCCAAGUUUGGGGGUAAGAAUUUGAUUGACUAUGAUAUAGUACUUUUGUCAGAGCCCUGCAUGUUAUUAGGAGUAAGUGUUGGAGUAGUUUGCAACCUUGUCUUACCAGAGUGGUUGAUCACCAUCUUAUUCGCCAUUUUCCUUGUUUUCUCUACCUUUAAGACUUGUAGAAAUGGGGUCGGGUUUUGGAAAAUGGAGUCAGAUCAGCAUCAAGAAACUAGAAAUGGGUGUGAAAGAUUGGAAAUUGGGGUGAUUAAAAAUGGAACUUGUGGAGAAAGUGGAGAGAUUAAGAGUCUAGAAGAACCUCUGGUGGGUACGGAAGGUAAAGAAAAAUCUAGGUUUCCAUGGAAGAAAUUGUUGGUCUUAAUUAUGGUCUGGUUUUCCUUCUUUAUCAUCAAUCUCCUUCGUGGCAAUCGCUAUGGACAGGGUAUCAUACCAAUGAAGCCUUGUGGAGUAGGAUAUUGGACAGUCUCAUUAUUUCAAAUUCCUCUUGCCCUAGCUUUUACUGCAUGGAUCCUUAGUAGAAAAGAGGCCAUCGAAUGCCAGGGUCCAAAUAAGCAGAAAAAUCAAUUUUUUCCUUUAUUUUUUAAGGGGGUUAACACGCUUAUUUUCCCCUUAAUGGCGCUACUGGCUGGAGGCUUGGGUGGAGUUUUUGGAAUUGGAGGUGGAAUGCUUAUAAGCCCACUUCUUCUUCAGGUUGGGGUAGCCCCUGAGGUAACAGCAGCUACUUGUUCUUUCAUGGUUUUCUUCUCAUCCACCAUGUCUGCCUUCCAAUACUUAUUGUCAGGCAUGGAGCACACCACCACAGCCCUCAUAUUUUCAGUCACUUGUUUCGUCGCAUCGCUUCUUGGAUUGGUGGUGGCGCAGAAAGCCAUCAAAGAGUUGGGAAGGGCAUCCCUAAUCGUGUUCUCAGUUGGUAUAGUGAUGGCUCUGAGUUCUAUUAUGAUGACUAGCUUGGGAGCUCUUGAUGUUUGGGAGGACUACUCAUCAGGGAGUUAUAUGGGAUUCAAACUACCUUGUUGAAAUCAUUUUUGUAAACUUGUUUGAUAACGAACUAAGUCUGAAAUUUGAGCUUUAAAAUGAAGAGGUAGUUUUAUGAAAGCAAGA